AUGACGAGCCUGAUAUGGUUAACAGCACAAGAGGCUGCAAAGAACAGGGGAAAUGUUCUUUCCUUGUACCGCCAACUACUAAGGAGUCUUAACUCACCAAAAUUGCAGCUUAGUUACGCGUCAAGACUUGCAAAGAAAGCUGAGGUUAAGACCAUCUUCUUGUUUGGCUCUGAGGAAAUUUCAAAACACAAUGUUGCUGAUCUCAUCCAUACUGCUGAAUAUGCUCUUUCCCAGUUGAAACAAGGCAAAAUCCCCAACAACACUACUCAGUAUUGA